AUGCCAAAGGUCGCAAAACCACGCAAGGGAAAGACGACCGUCAUCGAGACACCCCGCCCAGAGUUCAUAUUCGAAGGCGGCCUUCGCAAGGUCCUCCCCUACAAGCAGACAUACCUGGCACAAGUGAAGCAGCGUUGGGUCAACCGGACCGUGCCCGAGAUCUUUGCCUCGGAAAUGCCCCGCAGAUGUACUCAAAGUAUGAUUGUCGAGGCGAUGAAGAGAGGCGAUGUCCUUGUGAACGACAGCAUUGUAUCUCCUGACUACAUCCUGAAAGGCGGAGAGAGUCUUCGUUCCAAUAACUGUCACAGACAUGAGCCACCGGUACCUGACACCCCGAUCAAAGUCAUCGAGCAAGGAAAGGACUAUGUCGUAUUCGACAAACCACACGGAAUAACAGUACACCCAAACGAGCUCAGUUUCUUCAACACGGCUCUUGAAAUCCUAAGACGCGACCACGACAUCCCGACUUACAUGCACGCCAUCAACCGUCUGGACGCUGUCACCUCAGGAGUUGUUAUAUUUGCCAAUGUGUCCGAUACUGCGACCCGGGAACGGUUCCAACCUCCUAGCACCACUGACACCAAUGACACGGAAUUGAACUCUCUGGUGCAGAAGGAAUAUGUCUGUCGCGUUGUUGGAGAAUUCCCUGUGGACCCUGUGGUUGUCGCUGAGCCCAUUUUGCCUCAAGGAGGAAAAGUUACAAUCGAUCCUGCAGGAAAGCCCUCAGAGACCCGGUUUGAAAGGAUAUGGUUUGACACUGCCUCCAACACCAGCCUUGUCCGAUGCCAUUUGAAGACAGGAAGGCAACACCAGAUCCGCCUCCACGUCGCACACCUCCAACACCCUAUCGCCAACGACAAACUCUACAACCCGGACUACAGUACUGACUGGGCACAGAGGAACCCCAAUGCAACCGCUAGCGGCGAGACGCGUUUCUAUCCAGUCGAUAUUCCACCAGAACGUCAACCAUAUAUGCCUUACUACGUUACCCCAGAAAUACCAUGUCACAAAUGCAAGGAGGAGCAGGGAACACCCAACGUACCCAACCCCAAUGACAUGAAGAUCUGGCUCAGGGCUAUUAGGUACCAAGGACCUGACUGGAAAUUUGAGGUUGACAUGCCUGACUGGGCUGACCCCAAUGUCCUUAAAUAA